AUGAAGGAUGACGACGGGUUCCACGGCGUCGAGAUGGCGGGUGUCGGGCAAGAGGCAGGCGGGCAGGGAAAGGCCACUCAGAGCAGCCAAUUCCAACGAUGGUUUGGAUCUGGGGAAGCCAAUUGCUGGCGAAGGUUGUUCGUCGCCCGUAUCAGAGCUGCAGAUUUGAUGCAGGGCGAUGCCAUGCGAAGCCAUGCGAGCACAAGCAAGGUAGCUUACCACGGCCGUGAUUGGGCGUCCGUCGAACUUCGACCUCCUACACGGCACCGUACCGUUGGUGGAGGAGGCGAUCAAGCUCGAACGCAGGCCCAGCUUAAGCAGCCUGAGCCAGCUUCAGCCAGCUUGAGCCACCUUUCACAUGCUUUGGACAAGGGCUACGAAACAGGGUUCUGGGGCAAGGGGGGCCCUGCCCUGGCAGCUUCUUCUUUUUCAUGGCGCAACGGCAAGCCCCGCCAAAACGAUGAGGAUGUUGCAGAUGUAUGGAUGCUUCGACCGACGAACACUUUGGGAAAUAAUGCUGCAGGAGCAGAGAGCAUAGUAGACAAGUGCGAGGAGGAGGAGAGAAGCACAGGAGGUCUCUCCUCCACCCAAUUCGGUUCCGUCUCGUUCUGUCCCAUUCCAGCUGCCCUGCCCUGCCCUGCCCUGCCCGCCUUCUCCUUCCCUCCCUUCUCAGCCAUCCACGCCACCGUCGUCACGUCGGAUACCACGACAAUGUCGGCACCCCAGGUCAACGGUGAUGUGCCAAGGUCUUCAUUCCUGAAGCACUUGGUCGGUUAUCACAUUGUCCACGAUGGCAUCGAGACGUUCAAGUCCAACCCUUAUGGCGCUAAGUCUAUCAAGCUUGGCGACUCGGCCUACCAGACCUUUGCUGCUCCCAUCGUGCCCUACUUCAACGGCCCCUACCAAUAUGUCGAGCCGUACGUCAAGAAGGCAGACGACCUCGGCGACAAGGCGUUGACCAAGGUCGACGAGCGGUUCCCUGCCGUCAAGAAGCCCACAAACGAGCUGUACACCGACGCCAAGGGCAUCGUCCUGUUCCCAUACCACAAGGGCCUCGAGGGCCGCGACCACGUCUUUAGCCUCUACUCUAACGAGUAUAAGAAGGCCAACGGCGGCAGUGACACCGGCUUCGCUCUGAUCUCGACCGGCAAGGCCGCUAUCGCCACUGCUCUCGUUCUUACUGGCGAGACCGUCAGAUUUAUCGGAGACUUCCUCAGCACGAAGAAGGAGGAGGCCCACAACGCUGUGGACAACAAGGUCAACAACAAUUAG